ACACGGCUCAACUUUUUAGUGGAUGGUCACAGCAGCAACGUUUCGCAGGCAAGGCUGACAAGCAAAACUUGAUAUUACCCACCAAUCGAUCCUCUUCGACAAAGCAAGGAAGCAGAGACCCUACCGCACAGUACCAGACAACAAUACAGACAACGAUAGCAGUAUCCUGUCUGAUAACUAUCUUACAACGAGCAAGAUAUUUGAGGAUGGACCCUGAAGCCUUUAGUAGCUCAGGGUCACAAGGGCUGCAGCCAACGGACGUGUCUCUCACCAACGCAGACAGGACCAGUCCCAGUAAUAACAAGAAGUACACCAAGACAUUUCCCUUCUCUGCUCAUCCGCCCAUCUUCCACCCUUGUCUCUGUGGCGACAAUCGAUGCAUUGAGUUAAGGAAGGACUUUUGGGAUCAACGGGAUCCUCUCGGUCGCUAUGCAGUCUACUCGGUGAGCUUCAAAUCGGGUGGACAGAACGAAGAGAAGGCUACAACAGAUAAGACUGAAAAGAGGAAGGCCGCAUUUGAGAAGUGCUUCAAGACCGAUAUUGAGUAUGGAAGCAAGACGAAUUACGUCGCCGCGCUACACUUCCCCAUUGAGCAUUUGGACUAUUGCAAGCAAGUCAACGCCAAGCCGUUCCUGUUUGUUCAAAAAUCUGAAAUGAUGAUACCCAAGGUCUUCAUGCCCAGGGUCACUGGAGGGUUCAAGAAGAACGCGGUCAAGGCAGAGAUGAAAUGGCUCAAGAAGUAUGAUAAAGAAGACUAUCGCUGUGAAGAUUACAAGCGACAGCCAAUUAUCUUUGUUCCUCCUGAAGUGUCAAUUCGGGAGGUCGACUACGCGUUCAAAGCAGAACAAAUGCUCAAGGUAAAGUUCAGUUCCCCAGUGUCAACCAAAUCGACAGAAGAGAGUCACGAAGAAACCGCUGUGGCGACUACCCAGCCAGCAGAGGCUGUAUCCAGGACACCGCCGCAGCUACCCAAGCAAGAGCCUUCUAACAGGGUGCUGCCUGGUUUGGCAGGGAAUGACCACCCCAUGGCGCAGAAUCAUAUGCGCUUUCCACAACAACAUCCACCCCAGUUUUUGGCACGGGGCAACCCUUUUGGUGCCCUACCAGAACAUCCAUUGGGGAUGGUUCCACCUGGCCUUUCCCAGGGUAACCCGCUGUUGCUCCAAAGACUGCAUGGAAUGCAUGGAUUGGUCCCAACCAUGGGAGCUCAUUCCAGUGCAGGGCAUCCCUUUUUAAAUCAGCGGGCUCAGCUGGGCCCCGAGAAACGGUUCAAUAUACAAUCCAUGGACGAAAUGAAGCCUUCGCCAGUGUACCCGCGCCGGUUUGGGAGGUUUGAGCAGAUAUUCGAAGAGUGGAUCGACGAGACCGCCGCCAGUCAUCCGGCGCUGACUGCCACGAAACGAAAGUACCGUGAUGAUGCCAUCCAUGAACUGGAAAGGUUCCAAGAUAUCCUAGAUGAGAAGCGUCCUCCCAUGCCCGACCCACCGGGUGUGACCUGCUAUAGUCAAGCCACAAGGGAUGAACACAUGAAGUUUAUCAAGAAGCGAACCACCUUACAUUACGCACUGGUGGUGCCCAUUGCCAACGGGAUAGGGAAUGGAUUCGUUGAGCUAUUUGAGUGCAUGAAUCCUCAAGAUGUCGGAGUUCUGCAAGCCAACAGGAAGAGAGCUCGCAGUAUUGACGGUCCCAGGACAAGACCCGGCCGAGAUUGGGACCCAGAUGAAGACAAGGGCGACGACGGUUAUGUUGGUGGGCGCCCUGCCAAGGUCAGCAGAUCAAGAGGCGGAAUACCUGAGGAGAUUCAGUGGCCCCUCCAAAGGAAAGGCGAGCAGCAGCUAGAACCAGACGCAAGCCGCGUUGCCGAAGCACCUAUCUCCAACGACGCCAGUGACUCUUCUCCUCUCAUGGGUUUGGAGAUGCUUGCUGAAGCGUGUGCUGCGCUGCCAACCGCGAUGGGGUAUUAUAACAAGGUCCUUUCCCUUGGCACUCCGAACAAAGUUCCGGAGGGAUCAUAUCCCACUGUUCUCGACAAGGGCGAGGCGGACAAGGAAGUGCAAGUCGUUUCGUUCGAAACAAACGAUGCUGCUGCUGAAAACGUGUUUCUGGUUAAGAGCAAGAAUCCUACCAGAGCGUACUGGAAGAUCCCAAAGGCCGACCAGCGCCUUGCGGGUGACAUGGCUGAGUUUGGUGAGAGAUUCCAGGCCUAUGUCCUACCACGAAUUGACGAAGAUGGUGACAAGGAGGUCUUUUAUGCACCACCUCCUGAAGAUGCCGAGUAUGCGACCAUCAAGAAGAUUAACAAGAAAGGGCUCAACGAGUAUUUGGGCCGUGGCGGGCUAGAAAAUCCUUACAAGGAGAUCGCCUUCAUGAAAGAAAUGGGAGAUGAUGACCACGUUCUUAAGUUGAUCGAUGCACUGGAAGAUGAAGAGCAUAUCUACGUUGUGACAGCUUAUCACACGGACGACUCUCUUUUCGAUAAUGUACCCGACGGCUUGGGCUGUUCAGAUGUCAAGGCCAGAGACUGGUUCGGGAAGAUCCUUAGGAUCCUCCAGUUUUUGGAAGAGCAUGGAAUUUACCACAGCGCCUUGACACCAGACAACUUUGUCUUUGUGAAAGACAGGUUAGUUCUCGUUCGUUUGGGCUUGGCAAUACGAGUAACCCAAGGGAAUGGCACUGGCCCGUUCCAAGUUGAAUCAGGAGCCAUGACCGGGGGUAUUCUGUCAUUCCAAGCUCCUGAAGUCCACUCGAAGAGCACGAUUCUGAACACCGCUAGCGCGAAUCUGUGGAGUUCUGCGAUGACCCUCUUCUAUGUUCUGACUGGCAUGACUCCUUUCAGCAUUCCGCACCCUGUGGACCCCGCAUUCAAGGUAUUCCUGACACAGGGAAGCCUCGGUAAAAUGGUGGAUUUCUUCCGAGCUGCCGCGGCAGAGCGUGUCAUAACAGAAGAUGUGCGUGCUUACACUAGCAACAACCUGAGCCCCGAGGCUAUGGAGCUCUUGUCAAACCUUCUGAAGUUUGACCCCGCGAAGCGUUGGAAACUGGAUCGAAUCCUCUCCUCGAAGUGGGUGCUAGGAGAGCAGCACGAAGCCAAAGCGACUGAAUCGGCGAACGGAAAAGGGACUUCUCACGGCGGACAGAGCGAUGAUUCAUCACAAGCGACAAAUUCCGACGUACCCAUGGAAGGUGAGGAAAUCCUCAAUCCUGGUCCUCACGACGUCCUGCUUGGUCGCGGCGCCAGCGCCAACAACCACAGCGGAAACGUGAACUUUCGCAAAUUGGUGAACGAACACAAGAUGCGUUAUUUGGCAUGCACGAAGGUCGAAAAGCCCAACGUAGCUCGCGCUGUGGUGGAGAUCUGGAGGAAGCGGAGCCCACCGGGACGGUUCUUGACCCGCAAAGAUCCUGAAUCCUUAGGGGCGGUUUGGGUGGAGGUUCCCGACAAGAAAGCCCGUGAGAAGGCCUCGCAAUGUCUCCGCGAACGGACACCUGACGUUGUGCCCUAUCUCCGUGCGCUUGGACAGCAACAAGGGCAAAUGGCAGAAGAAUGGAUGCGCGAGAUAAGACAACAGUCAAUGAUGAAGCGAAACCCAGCAGGUUCAGCCAUUGCCCCCAAACCAAACCAAAUGCCGGGGGAGGGAGCGUUGGCGAUGCAACAGCAGCUUAUCCUACAACAGCAAUACAAACAGCAGCAAUUGAAGAUGCACUUGGAGGCUCAAGUACACAGGAACAUCUUGCAAGAGGCGAUGGCGGCAGCUGCUGUUCGCCAGGCCAUGAGAACCGCCAAAGACCCACCGCCGAAACUAUUCUAUACGAAGCAGUACCGCGAUCGGUUUCUCGAGGUUUGGCAGGGAGAUGUAACCAAUCCGAUGGAGCGAACCGACAUAUUGGUGAUUUCGUGUUGUGAAGGGGAUUACAAUAUCACUUGCCCCGAGUCGGUGAUCCGCUCCAUCGAGGAGCGUCACAGAAUCAGCGUCGCCGCCGAGUAUGCGAAUCGGUGUGAAUUUGAUUUCCGCAAGCAACAUGACCUUUGGAUUAGCAAGGCACGAGAUGAUAUGCCCUUUCGCCGACUCCUCUGUGUUUCUAUUAGGGAUGGCGAGCCGCUGGCCAACGUUUACAAGAAGAUCUUUCGGGGCAUUGCUCUGAUGGACAACCAGACAGACUUCAUCGGAAGACGAUCAAUCACGUUCCCCAUGAUCGGAGAAGCUUUUCAUGGCCCGGUCAAGGUGGCCGAGAAUCUUGUUGGUGCUGCAAAGGUCGCCAUGGACGAAAGCGCUACUUGUGGAAAGAUAUUGCUUUACGGUUACGAAACCAAAAAAGCUCUGGCUCUCAAAGACGCAGCCGAGCACAUUCUCCGCAUCCCCAGCAUAGGCCAAGAUAGCCAAUUUGCUGAUGCUGUCGAAAAUCCGGUUCCGCCCGUCGCUGCAAUGGUUGUAGAGACGACAAAGAGUGCCCCCGUCCCUCGCAAGAUAGCCAGUGGACGCUCAUCAUCAGCGACAAUCACCAAGCCUCGCGACAUGGACAUCUUGUUCGGCCGUGGAGGAUUGAGCAACAACCACCCUGGCAAUCAGCACUACAACAAGGUUUUGGAGAAGCGCGCCUGGAACUACUUGCAUCUGACCAAUCGCAAGACCAAGACGGAAUUUGCGUGGGAAGUUGUUCGGCAGCUCAAGAAGGAGGGCGUUCGCUUUUUGCGAAAGGAAAAGGACAUCUAUGUGGAAGCGGGAGAUGAGGAAGCCAGGAAGAAGGUGAGCCAACGUCUCCGGGACCUGGCUCUAGGCGCAAGAGAUCAGAUCAACCGAGAAAAGUCAAGCCCCAGUGCGAAACCACGAGACCCUCCUGCUCGGUCGGACACUGCAAUGCAAAUCUUUGUGAAGACCGUUACCGGAAAGACCAUCGUCGUGGAUGUCCAGCCGCGGGACAGCGUGGAGACAGUCAAGGUCAAGUUACAGCAUAAGGAGGGAAUUCCACGCGAUCAGCAAUGUUUGAACUUUGGGGGGAAACAGCUCGAUGGAAACCGAAGCUUGUUUGAUUACAGCAUUCAAAAGGGGUCCACUCUGCACUUGUCCCUUGUCCCAAGCGGUGAAAGGUAGGCCCCCUCUCUUCCUCUGGUUGAAAAAGAUGGGACUCUCAAGCAGCAAGCGGAAGACACAGGCUAACAGAGUGUACAUAUGAAGACGCCGAGUCGUAGCGUAGCCAACACAACAUU